AUUGAGCGUCUGCAGAGAUGACAGCGUCUGAGCCGCUGUCCAUAGAGGAAGAAUUUGAAAUGCAGAAGUCGUGGAGAGAGGACGCCGAGAAGUGCACUUUCAUCGUGUUGGCGAGUGAUGACAGUGACGGCAAAACUGGAGCCUCUUAUGUCGACGAGAACGCAAUCAACCGUAUGGCUGGGGACGUGAACUUGUUCUUCAAUGAUUACGACGAUCCCCAUGCGUGUGAGAUGGAGAUCAUGAUAGCCGAAGAGAAAUAUCGUCGAAAGGGUUUUGCAAUGGAAGCGGUGAAGCUAAUGAUGGCUUACGCUACGUCCACACUCCACGUGACUCGGUUUAUUUGUAAGAUCAUCGAGACCAACCAAGCUUCAAUCCAGCUCUUCGAAAAACUGGGGUAUGUAAAGUACAACUACGUUGCUGCUUUUAACCAGGUCGAACUGGAGUUGGUCACGAAGGACAAGCGAAUGGAACUAGUGGACACCGUGUUGGAGUCUGCUGUCAUCCACACACCGCAAUAGAGAUGGCCGCACAGGUGAAGACAG